AACGCGGGCGGCCACGUUUAGUUAUCGUGUUCGAAUAAUAAAAGUGAUGGAAUAACAAUGAACGCUAAAUUAUUCCUAUUACUCUGGAUUUGGCUCCUUGGUUGGGAUUUCGCCACGGCUCGAUGCGUUUCUCGAGGAGAAUGUGUUACAAUUAACGGACACCCAAAGCCGUGUGCGGUUGAUUCAGAACCAACACCAAUUCUUAAUAACAUUACUGGCGCUGAACGAGAUCAUCUUCUCAAUAUUUUAGAACAACGAUGUCCCCAUUUAGUUUAUAAUGAAGAAGGGGAUAGAAUUCCAGAUAACGAUAUUUUAACCUGCUGCGAUCCGAUACAGGUUGAAGUUUUCGCUGAAAGUCUCCUACUAGCAGACAGUGUGCUUGGAAGAUGUCCAGUUUGUUUAAGAAGUUUCAUGAGACAAAUAUGUGAAAUGAAUUGUUCACCCGAUCAGGCGCGAUUUGUUGAUACGGUUAUUGAAACCGCCCCCGACGGACAACGUUAUGUGAAUGAAAUAAAUUACAGACUUCAUAAUGACUUUAUGGAUAAUGCUUUUAAAGCUUGCUCAGAAGUAAUGUUGCCACAAUCUGGAAUGCCAUCGGUGAAUUUAAUGUGUGGCAACGCUCCAGUCUGUGAUGCUGACGCGUGGUUUGGAUAUACAGGUGACACCGAAAAUAAUCCAUUCGUAUCUCUAAAGGUCAACUUCUUGAGAGUAAACUCUACCGAAGAUUCAAUGCAUGUUAACGCUCCAUUAUGCCAUGAAACAAUUGAAGGAGAUAUACCAUGCAGUUGCAUUGAUUGCUCCGCAAACUGCCCUUCUGGUGAGAUAAUUAUACCACCUAUCUGUACUGUUCUUUCUGUAAAUUGUAUCGGCUUUUCAGUCGCAAUUACCUUUGGAGUAAUAAGUAUUACUGUAUUUAUUGUACUUACAUUAUUAGAGUAUAAAAGACAAAAUAAAUUAAAGCGAAAUAGUAACGCAACGCAAAAUGAAGUUAAUACUAUAACCAGGGGCUUUCAAAGCCUCUUUGAAAGCAUCGGUACAUUUAGUGCUGAUAAUCCUAUAAUGAUGAUAAUGAUGAUGUCUUGGGUAGUAUUUAUAAUGUUUUUUGGUCUGACUCGCCUGCAGUUAACUGCAAAUCCUUUAGAACUAUGGUCGGACCCUCAAUCGAUUUCUCGUCAGCAUUUUAACUAUUUCAAUUCGAGAUUUGGUCCAUUCUAUCGGGCUUCUCAAAUAUAUUUAACAAUUGAGCUUGAGCCAUUUCAAGUAGACAAUACUACGUAUGGUCCGGCUUUUAGAGUGGAAGCGAUACAAGAGUUGAUCAAAUUGGAAGAUGCUAUAAUGAACAUUGGUCGAGAAGAUGAUUCUGUAAAACUGGAAAACGUUUGUCACGCACCUCUUCGUGCUCGCGGCGCAGAACAAAAACUAAGUGAUUGUGUAUCAAUGUCUGUAUCGGCUUACAUACCAAACAGAAUUAUAAAUAACAAUACGUACCUUACAAAUAUCCAAAAUUGCUUAAACAACUAUUUAUCACUUAGUUGCUUGCAACCUUGGGGUGGAGGUGCUGAUCCAGAACUAUCACUGGGUGGAUAUGAAGAAGAUAAUUUUAUUAGCGCACACACACUCAUUAUUAAUUUCCCUAUAACUAAUCAUUUGUCAAAAGUAGAUCUGGAGCCUACAUUGGAAUGGGAAAAGAAAUUCAUUGAAUUGAUGCACGAUUAUGAACAGAAUUGGAAGGCAGGUUUUGUGGACGUAGCUUUCGCAGCCGAAAGGUCUAUUGAAGAUGAAAUAGAGAGAAUAUCGGAAGCGGAAAUAAUUCCAGUUGCGAUUAGUUAUUUGCUUAUGUUUAUUUAUGUGAUAUUUGCUCUUGGCAAUGUAAGAAGAAUUAAAACGUUUUUCCUUGACAGUAAAAUAAGUGUUGCCAUUUCUAGUAUUAUCGUUGUUUUGUUAGCGAUAGCUUGUGCCAUGGGCUUAUUAGGUUUCAUGAAUGUUACUAUCACACUAUUAGCUAUCAAUGUGAUUCCAUUUUUCAUUCUAUCUGUAGGUAUCGAUAACGUUUUUCUAAUGGUUAAUUCCAUACAAUAUGUACAAACAAACCUUACAAAAUAUAGUGAAUACAAGGAAGGUAUGAGUUUUGAUGAAAAACGCCGCUUCAUUUUUGGUACGAUGAUGAAAAAUGAAGGACCAUCGAUGUUUAUUUCAUCUUUAACACAAAUAACGUGUUUUGCUAUAGGGAGUUUAGCAAAUUUUCCAGCAGUUCGUUCAUUUGCAAUUUUUGCAGCAGUUUCUUUAUCAUUUCUGUUUAUAUUUCAAAUCACAGCUGUCGUGGGAAUCUUAUCACUUGAUUACAAACGGUCUAUUAAGAAUCGUUUUGAUAUAUUUUGUUGUGUUCAAAAGAAAAUUAUUAACGACGAUGAACCAUUACAUUCUGAAAUCCCCUACGAGAGCGUUACCCAAAAGUUGAUGGAGCCUUACGCAAAUUUUUUAUUAAAUUGGCGUGUAAAGGUAUUUGUUGUUAUAAUUUUUCUUCUCUUCCUAUGCGUAUGUGUCGUACUAAUUCCACAAAUUGAAGUGGGGCUUGAUCAGAAUCUUGCAUUGCCUGAUGAUUCCUACGUUUAUAAAUACCUAAACGCUGUAAAUAAUUUAUUACCGUUGGGUCCACCGGUGUUUUUUGUUUUGAAGGGUGGUUUAAACUUCUCUAACCCUGAUCAUCAGAACGUUGUUUGUGGAGGUCAGUUAUGUAAUGACAAUUCUUUAACUAUGCAGAUAUUUUUAGCCGUACAACAAGAAGAGAUUACAUACAUGAGAAGAAUAUCAAACUCAUGGCUUGACGACUUCUUUGAUUGGGCUAGUUCACCCAACUUGUGUUGCAAAUACAAUACUACUGACGGUGGUUUCUGUCCAAGUAUUUCGUCUGAACCUGAAUGUGACUAUUGUUCUAUUCCAAGGAGUGAUUAUGCAAAUGGGUUGAGACCCGCCGAAGACGCUUUUGACCGUUACAUUCCUUUCUUCUUGCAAGAUGCUCCAACAAAUACUUGCAAUAAAGGUGGCUUAGCUAGUUACUACUCUAAUAUCAAUUAUGUUUUGGAUUCUGAGGGUCGUGCCACCGUCCAUGACUCUAACUUCAUGGCGUAUCAUUCUUCACUGAAAACCUCUCACGAUUACAUUACCGCAGUUAAAUAUGCGUAUGAAAUAAGUGACAAUAUAACAGCUGCUAUUAAAAUUCGUACUAGCUUAGACGUUGAAGUAUUUGCUUAUUCUGUAUUCUAUGUAUACUACUCCCAAUAUUUGACCAUAUGGUAUGAUACUUUUAUUUUGUUGUUAUAUUGUCUCAUAGGAGCUUUCGUAAUAAAUCUCAUAGCAACUGGGUUUAACAUUUUGACUACUCUAGCGAUGAUGAUUACAGUUGUAAUGGUAGUUGUUGAUAUGAUGGGAAUAAUGUAUAUGUGGGACAUUCAACUAAAUGCCGUGUCUUGUACUAAUUUGAUUGUAGCAAUAGGUAUUACUGUGGAAUAUUGCACUCAUCUAGCAUAUGCUUACAACACUAGUCAGAAACCGCCAUCAGAGAGAGUAGAAGAUGCAAUUAUAAAAGUCGGUGCUACAAUUAUUACCGGAAUAACAUUUACGAAUAUUCCUAUAAUUGUCUUAGCAUUUUCGUACACUGAAAUCAUAGAGAUAUUUUUCUUUAGAAUGCUGUUUAGUAUAGUAAUUCUUGGUUUUCUUCACGGUUUCAUAUUUUUCCCUGUACUGUUAAGUUACAUAAACAAUUUAAAGUAUAAAAUAUAAAACAAAUUACUGAAUA